AUGCACCCGCACUCGAGACUCUUAUUCACGAGGGCCAAAAUGAAUCUUUUCCAUUCAGACGAUUUUCCAAUCCAUGUGGAGACAUUGAUGCAGCAGAAUCAUGUCCCUGGUCUCGCUGUGGCCAUUGUUCACGGUGAUCAGCUUGCCUCUGCGGGCUAUGGCUAUGCAUCCCUGGACUCGGAGACGCCCUGCACUCCAGACACAAUCUUCGAUAUCGCCUCAAUGUCAAAGUCACUGACCGCUGCGUCUGUGGUGCUGCUUGUUAAUGAUAACAAGAACCAUCCAGAGGUGCAGUUCGAUACGCCCAUGUCGACUCUGCUGCCCGAGGACUUUGUUAUGUCCGAUGAGACUUAUACUGCGGGAGUGACGGUCGACGAUGUUUUGGGCCACAGGACGGGAUUAUCAGGACAUAAUAAUUCUUGCCUGGGUGUCCGUGCUAAAUCCCCUGAUACACCACGCUCCAUCACAAGAAACCUGCGAAAUCUAUCCAUCGCGGCCCCUUUGCGUUCUAGAUACCUGUACUCGAAUACAAUGUACACAGUAGCUACAUACCUCGUAGAAGAGAAGAGCAAGAAGUCCUUUGCAGACUUCCUGCAUGGCCGUAUCUUCGCCCCCUUGGGGAUGGCGUCGACGCACUUGCAGCCUCAAAGGGCAAGAGAUCACGGUUUGGGCUCACGCCUAUCCAUAGGCUAUCUCUGGGAGAAGGAGGACUCAACCUACUAUGGAUUCGAAAUACAGGACUGCCCAGAGGGCCAGGGGGCUGGAUCGGUGGUAUCGAGUGCCAACGACCUGAUUCUAUGGGUCAAGGCUCUGAUGAACCGAGAGGGGCCUAUCUGCGAGGACGUCUACGAGGGAAUGGUUCGACUGCGUUCGUUCAGAGACCCGAGUGGCAAGAGACUCAAGCCUCUGACUUCUCCUUCGUUCUACGCUGCAGGGGUUGAAAUCUACUAUUAUCGAGGUCAUGCGGUGGUAUGGCAUGAUGGGAACACGGCGGGAUUUAGCGGUAGAUUCUUCUUCGUGCCUGAACUCAAGGUCGGGGCCGUUGUACUCGGAAAUGCAUCUGGUGCCAUGGCUGUUAGCUCAAUCUUGAUGCGGGAACUCCUGGACGAUGCAUUGGGGGUACCGCAGGGGGAACGACGAGCACAGGAGAAAGGCAAGAAGAAGGAGGGCAAGAAAAGGGCCACCAAGGUCGUGGCUGGUCCGCCUCCCCGUUCUACCAGGGGGAGAGGCAAAACCGAGCUGCAGGCGCAGGUGACACCGCUUGCGGCCUAUACGGGGGAUUACUCCAACGCGGGAUACCACAGCCUGAGGGUGGAAAUUAAGGACGGCAGGUUAUUCAUUGAUGCGACAGACCGCUCUUUUGGCUUUACCUUGGAGUUCGAGCAUCGGGAGGGCCAGACAAAAUACACGGCAUAUCUUUGUGAUUACCUCGAGGGUGGUGCAGACCCUAUCGCGGCCGAGUUUUCGUUCGAGAGAGGAGUGGCUGUGAGGAUGGGAUUAGAUCUUGAGCCGGCCUUGAAGGAGUUGAUCUGGUUCGAGAGGAGGCAAAAUAAUAGAGACGAGAUGGAGGAGGAGGAUGCUUGA